AUGGAAAAGUCCAGAAGUCAGUCAGUGGCCAAGUCAGUCACACCAAAGCAGUCUCGGGAUAACAUCAAAGCUGUUGCUGGCAAGGACGUAACGCCCAACCCUCCAGAAACCGUGGGACAGAGUACUGGAAACCAGCCGCAAUCUUACCGCCUAUUCGGCUCUUACAUGAAUAGCUUUGUUACUUAUCAAGACGGCAAUACAGCUUGGCUAUCGACCGAUACCAUGUUGUCCUGGGUCACAUCCUCAAUGUACGAACGGUUCUCAGGGGGAGGGUACAUGAGCGGCAUCAAGCUCGUUCGCGGCUACACAGAGCCUUCCAAGCCUAAAGAAAGCGAGCUUCAGGAUAAGGACAAGUCCAAGGCCCCCGUCUCCGCCACCGCCGAGGAUGUACCGGGGCUGGAUCAUCGGCAACAGAAACUCCUGAAUCGUCGCUCCGCACCACCUUCGACAAAAGCUGUGGUUCAAAACCAGGAGGCUGAUCCCGAGCCAGCGAAACCAACAGCCAUAGAGGGCCGCGGGACCAGGCUGCAGAGGCAGCUGUCAUCCCUAAUGGACGGUGGCAAUCCCAUCGAGACCGAGGAGCAAAUGCAAGAACGUCAAGAGCAGGAGAUGCGGGAUUAUCAUACCCAAGCAGGAGAGAGCCAGAAGCGAGAUGUUGACCAUUUGAUCCUCGUCACCCAUGGUAUUGGUCAACAACUAGGGCUACGGCAACGAGAGAAGAAAGAAGAGCACGAUCUGGGCGACGUUGAUGAUUUGGAAGACAACUAUCCUUCUCUUGAGGACAUCACCAUCGAAGGUGUCGCAUUUGCUCGGUCUCUCAUCUCCGACCUAGCUUUGGAUGUUCUACUGUACCAGAGCUCAUACAGAGAGCAAAUUGCUUCCAUCGUCUUACAAGAAUGCAAUCGCAUCCACAGGCUCUACUGCGACAGAAAUCCUGGCUUCAAAGGCAAAGUUCACCUGAUGGGGCACUCUUUGGGGUCAGCAAUCCUAUUCGACUUGCUCUGUCGGCAGAAAGAUCCCAAGGCCGAUCAUUCAAAAGCCAACCCCUUGCGCUUCUGGCCUGGGAAACAGCAAUCGGAUAUGACCCACUUGACAGCCAAAGAGCGGCGCCUCGCUAUGGAGUUUGAAGUAGAUGAUUUCUACUGUCUAGGAUCACCUAUCGGGUUGUUUGAGAUGUUGGAGGGCAGAACAAUAGCUGCUCGCCAAGCUCCGAAACCACAAGCGUCCGAUGAUGUGUUGCAGCGGGAGCUUGAAGAGGUUGAUUUCGCCACCCGAUCCAUGGGAAACGCUGCCGAAGGCAUCCCACAUCAAACGUUGUCGCCAACGCAGGUUUCAUCGCCAAAAGCUCGACAAGUCUUCAACAUUUUUCAUCCUUCCGAUCCCAUUAGCUACAGACUGGAGCCUCUUAUUUCGCCGGCCAUGCGUUCUUUAAAACCACAAGGUCUGCCCUACACGAAAAAGGGAAUCUUUAAUGCUGCGAACGAGGGCUUGACUGGUAUUGGCGCAAAGGUAGGCCAGAGUGUCAGCGGCCUUUGGUCAAGUCUCAGUGCCGGCAUUGCGAGCAACAUGCUCAACCGGAGCCUCGGCCUUACCAGUGAAGAGGUGGCCCAGAUGACGGACCACACCCAGUCAGCUGCGAGACAGUCUGCAUCUUCCAAGUCGACAGAUGCCGCCAGCAAAGCUCUCGCAGACGAAUCCAGGAUUGGAGAGCGAACAGAUGAACGCAAGAAACAGCUGGCGGACUCAGCCACAUCAAGCGGCAAGGGUAUCGCUGGUGGUAACGAUCCGACAUUAAUCGACGACGAGCUUGAGACACUGUACUCGCAAUUUCAGAAGCGUGGACCCGAGACUCUAUCGAAGGAUGAUGCUGAUGGCGGGCUUGGCGGCCCUGACGGCACGCGCAAAGCAAAGAAGAUGCGUGCCGAAGAAGCCAAAGUGAGAGCUCUCAACAGGAAUGGUCGGGUAGACUACAGCAUUCAGGAGUGA